AAAACGAGCGACGAACGAAAACGAACACACAGUCGCCUGUGGACAAGCAGCCCGACUUGACGUAACGAACCGAACGCCGCCGAACGAAAGCGAUUUGAGAUUCCGAGAUUUGAGGCUCUACAGUUUUGAGAGUCUGGAGAUUUGAGACGCGACGCGCGCGUGCUUUCAAACGGUUGAAACGCCUGCGCAAACGGUUGUUAAACCGGCGAUUUUCGAAUAACAUUUUUUUUCGUGUGACUUAAUAUUGAAAUUAUUGGAGAUUUUCAAAAUUUUUUAAGUGUGUGACUUGAGUGACUUUUGAAAACUAUUUUGGAAAAGUAUUAAACAGUUUUGAAUAAUGUUAAAUUUGGAAUUUUCUUGUGCUUUUCAUAAGUUAUAAAUCAUUUCUUAAGUUAUAAAAAACUUUUUUUUGAAGUGCAAACAAAAUUGGAGAGAUUUUUUAACGAAAUUUUCAAACAGUGAACUUGUGUGAUUGGAAAUCUUCUACUUCUAAAAACUCACAAUAGUGAUCAAAACAAAAAACUAAAACAUCAAAUAUGCCUGCUUUGGCGGCAAUUUCUACACUGCUGCUCCUGGUCCUGCUGGGCGUCAACAGGAUGAUACCAGGAACCCAAGGAAUCCCCAAUGAUGCCUACUUCAAGAUGCUAUCGCAGCAACAGGCGCCACCAGAUGAUCCCUGCUACGACAAGGCGCACGAGCCGCGCGUCUGCAUUCCAGACUUUGUGAAUGCCGCCUACGAUGCACCGGUACUGGCCAGUUCCACGUGCGGAUCGACGGGGGCCCAGCGGUAUUGUGAGUACCAGGAGCACGAGCGAUCCUGUCACACCUGCGAUUUGAAUGAUCCAUUGCGCAGUUUUCCCGCCCGCUCGCUAACCGAUUUGAAUAACUCAAAUAAUGUGACCUGUUGGCGCAGUGAACCGGUGACCGGAAGUGGCGAUAAUGUAACCUUGACCCUUUCGCUGGGCAAGAAAUUCGAGCUGACCUACGUGAGUCUACAGCUAUGUCCCCACGCCCCACGACCCGACUCCAUGGUGAUCUACAAGAGCUCCGAUCAUGGUCUUAGCUGGCAACCCUUCCAGUUCUAUAGCUCCCAGUGCCGUCGGCUAUUUGGUCGUCCGGCCCGUCAAUCAACCAAUCGCCACAAUGAGCACGAGGCACGUUGCAGUGAUGUCAGCCGUACCCUGGCCUCCAGGAUUGCGUUUAGUACACUGGAAGGACGACCCUCGGCCCGCGAUCUUGACUCUUCGCCGGUUCUGCAGGAUUGGGUAACGGCCACGGACAUAAGAGUGGUAUUCCAUCGGUUGCAACGUCCCGAUCCUCAAGCUUUGCUUUCACUGGAUGCCGGAGCAUCAACGGAUUUGGCCAGUGGCAAGUACAGUGUACCCCUGGCAAAUGGACCUAAUAACAACAAUAUUGAGGCGAAUCUUGGUGGAGAGGUUUCUGUCUCCGGUGGACUACAUUAUGCCAUUUCGGACUUUUCAGUCGGCGGACGUUGCAAGUGCAAUGGCCAUGCCUCCAAGUGCUCCACGGAUGCCAGUGGACAACUGAACUGCGAGUGCAGCCACAAUACCGCUGGAAGGGAUUGUGAACGAUGCAAACCCUUCCACUUCGACCGCCCAUGGGCAAGGGCCACCGCCAGGGAAACCAACGAGUGCAAGGAGUGUAACUGCAACAAACAUGCCCGCCAAUGCCGCUUCAAUAUGGAAAUCUUCCGACUGUCGCAGGGUGUCUCCGGCGGAGUCUGCAUGAACUGCCGCCACUCGACCACGGGCAGGAACUGUCAUCAGUGCAAGGAGGGAUUCUACCGGGACGCCACCAAGCCACUCACCCAUCGUAAAGUGUGCAAGGCCUGCGAAUGCCAUCCGAUCGGAUCGUAUGGCAAGAUCUGCAACAGCACCAGCGGUCAAUGUCCCUGCAAGGACGGGGUCACUGGAUUAACCUGCAACCGUUGCGCCCGCGGCUACCAUCAGAGUCAGUCUCACAUUGCACCCUGCAUAAAGCAACCACCGCGAAUGAUCAACAUGCUGGACACCCAGAACACCGCCCCCGAACCAGAUGAGCCGCAAUCCUCGCCUGGAGCUGGAGGUGAUCGCAAUGGCGCCUCUGGAACGGCCGCCCAGUCACAGUACUAUCGCACCGAGGGCGGCAGGGAAUGCGGCAAAUGCCGAGUCAGCACCAAAAGGCUAAAUCUAAACAAGUUUUGCAAAAGAGACUACGCAAUAAUGGCCAAAGUAAUUGGUCGCGAUACGAGCAGCGAAGCGGUCAGCAGGGAGUCUCUACGACGCGCAAUGGAUCCCGACGUGGCGGACUACGAAAUGGAUCAGGAUCGACCGGGCUCACCGAAUACAGCGGAAUACAGCGAGUUUCAGGCGGCGGACUAUCCCAGCGGCAGCGAAAUGGUGCGGUACGAUCUUCAGAUUCAGGCCGUGUUCAAGCGAAGCAGGCCAAGCGAAAGCAGCGGCGCGGCGAACGUGUACGGAAUGCCGAGUACAACCCUAAAACGAGGUCCUAUGACCUGGAUCAUACCGACUAAGGAUUUGGAGUGCCGCUGCCCCAAGAUCAGAGUUAACAGAUCCUAUUUGAUCUUGGGCCGGGAUUCGGAGGCGCCACCCGGUUACCUGGGCAUCGGGCCGCAUUCAAUCGUUAUCGAAUGGAAGGAGGACUGGUAUCGGCGCAUGAAACGCUUCCAACGGCGGGCGCGCACCUGUGCGUAAUCCCUUCAGCCCGAUCCUAAUCCCCACUUCCUUCUCUGUGUAGUCUCAAGAUUCUAGACCUAAGCAAAUGAUUGAAUGGCCAUAAGAGGGAGAGAGCCGGAACAGGAGAAAACAAUCAAAUCGUGUCAUUGUCGCUUAAACACUAUUUUUUUUUUUGUUUUUUUUCCUCAAUUCAAUGUCAAAUUAACCGAUUUUUUAGCAGUAACAAAAAAAAGAAAAAUCAAACUAGCGGUAUUUAAUUUAUUUAAUUAACUUCAAUUGUUACGAAAAGCAAUCGGUUAUUGAUUUUAAUAUACACAAAGAAAUCAAAACACACACGAAAGUAUCUAUAUAUGUAAUCUAUGUAAUCUAUAUAUAAACGACUUGUAUUAUUCACUAAAUUCUAAGUUUCCUGUCAGCCCAGUUUAAGCAUUUGUGAACAAUUUACGUACUAGGGCAGUCUCGAGUAAGCGAAAAGAGCACGCCAGUAAGCAAUAAUUUAUCUGUAAGAGAAACCUUGAUGCAUGCAUGACUCGCAAGAAAUCGUAAUUAAUAAAUAUUGUACAGAGCA